AUGGGGACUUUGAAGACGACUGUCCGGCGAUCAAUCAGUUCCACAUGGACUUCGUUCAAACGGAUGGUGUUGCAUCGCCGUAAACUCACUGCUUUGAUUUGCGUAUUGGUGGUCUUAAUUACACUUUAUACCGUCAUAAAUCAACACAUAGCAAGUUUCAGUGGUGAUGCAGAUAAACCUAUUUUAUACAUACUCACUGCAACUUACCAAAGAAAUGUUCAAAGAGCAGAACUUACAAGAAUAUGUAACACUUUGCACAAUUUGAAAGAAAUUUUAUGGAUUCUUGUAGAGGACAGUGUGAAGCCUACACGAGUUGUUGCAAAUAUCCUAGAUAAUUGUGGAGUUCCUUUUGUGCACCUAAACAUACCAACACCUCGCUCUGAAAAGCCUAAAGUGAAUGAACCGUACUGGUUUCGUCCCAAAGGCAUACAUCAACGAAAUCUUGGACUUCAGUGGUUGCGCCAAAAUCUUAUUUUGGGUAAAAACAAAGGUGUUUUAUAUAUCGCAGAUGAUGACAACUCAUAUGAUUUACGUAUAUUUGAAGAAAUGCGAGGUACAAUCAGAGUUUCAACGUGGCCAGUUGGGUUUGCAGGUGAACUUCCAUGGGAGGGUUGUGUGACAUCCACAAAUGGAACGUAUAUCACAAGUAUGUGGUCAGUGUAUAAACCUGAACGUCCUUUUCCAAUUGAUAUGGCUGGUUUUGCUGUUAACGUUGAUCUUAUUCUCAAAAAUCCAAAUGCUGGUUUCGACUACAAACGUCCUCGUGGGAUGCAAGAAUCACAAUUCUUGUUGGAUCUUGGCAUAAAACAUUGGAGAGAGUUAGAACCACUGGCAGAUGGUUGCCAAAAAAUUUUAGUCUGGCAUACACGUACAGCAGAACCAGUCUUAACACUCUGGAAUAAACUAGAAUCUCAAGGAGUUGUGCCACCACCUAUCAGUGAUUGGCCAUAACAUUUGUCGAUAUUUGAUUUGCAUUUAUAUCGAAAGUGAAGAUAGAAAUCUCAACACCCGAUCUGAAAUGCUUUUAUGGAAGUCAAAGGCCAUCUAACGUUUCGCUUAAAUGGAGUAGAUAUAUAAUAAUGAAAUGAGUACAAUUUUGAAAGCUCAUAUCUAUCUUCAGAUAUCAAACUUUCUAUGAUCACGACAUGACGAUUAAUUGCAUCAUAACUUUGUAUAUACCAUGCAAUUUAUGUUAUUUUUUAUACCUCAGUAUGUUAGAAAUAAAAGUUUGAAAACUAUUAUUUCUUUUCUCUACUUUUUAUUUGUUUCCUGCCAAUACUUAUUUGUUCGUAUCCUCAAUUUAAAUUGUCUUUCUCUUUGUGUUAUUUAAAAAUAAUCAUGAAUUACUUAAAUGAAUAAAUUUAUCAAGUGUUGAUUUGAAGAGAUUUGAUUGGCUGCAGGUUUGUUGACUAGUUGACAUCAGACAGAAAGCCACUGGAAGACCAUGGAGGACUGGAUAGCCUUUUCAUCUUAGUUGGGGACCCAUCAGCAGUAUACAGUCGUUAGGGUUCAAACCUAGGACCUUUCGAUUACAAGGCGAGCUCUUAUACCAUUCAUCCACUGGCACACGGCCCAGUGGUUCUCUGACUGAUGUUAGCUUGUGUUCAAAACUUGUAAUAAAUUUAUUCAAUAAAGAGAGGGAACAGAAGUCGUCAGUUAAUAAUUGGAAGUUAUUUUCGACCAGAUUCACAAAGAAAUUGGCCAUUCAGUCAAUAAUUUGAGGAUAUAACAUUUAUUCACCAUAUCUAAGGUAAAUGUUUUAUUGUACUCACUUUUACAGAUGGUAGUUUUGCAGUUGUCCAUUGUCAACUUCCAACCUGUAGCUGCAAGUUGAUUUGUCAAUCAGUCAGUAACCUCUAUCUUCACAUAGUUCCUUCCAUCUUACGUCACAGUAGUCUAACAAGAUUAUAAAAUUUAGCUUAGAAUAAAAUGUUUCGUUUUUAAGAAAUACUAAGACCUAAAUUCAUGUUUUUCCUAUACUUUUUUAUUUUAUUUUUGAUUACAGCUUGAUU